UUUGCAAAGAGAAGAGAGGCGAGCAAACCUCUGUUCGCCCUUUUGCUCUGCAACUUUUUUUUUUUUUUUCAUUCAGUCUUCCAGCUCGUUCUUUUCCCCAGCCUCGCGUUUCGCUUUUUAGGUUGCCUCGAGAAGAGUAAGCCAUGUCGCAGCCUAACGCCAACGGCGGAGCUGCUCCCCCGCCCAAAGUGCUGUCCUUCGCAUCGGCUGCUGCCCGAAACGUGCCCGUGCCCGUGCCGACGCAGCCUGUUGCCCAGAACGCUGCGCCCAUCCAGUUUGGCACAGUGUCCGACAAUGCCACAUUUGACGUUGCGCGCACAAAGUCGGCGCCGCCCGGCGAGCAACAGCGCUUCCCCACCGGACCGCGGCUCCCCGCGCAAGCCGUGCAUGCUCUGCCGCACGCCGUUCCCGGUCAUGGUGUCGCGGGUCCUCGCCCGGUUGUCGGCAACCGACCACAGCAGCAGCAGCAGCCACAACAACAGCCGCAUCAACAGCAGCCACAGCAGCCGCAACAACAGCAACACCAGCCUGUGCAAGCACAGCAGCAGCAGCAGCAGCAGCAGCAGCAGCAGCAGCACCCUGUUCCACACCACCAACUUCCACAGCACGCGCAGACGCGACCAUUCGCUGCUGUCGCUGGAGCCGUGCCGCACGCACACGCACCGCAAAUCCCUGUUGGUGUGGCUCCCAACCAGCCGCAACCCAACAAUGUGGUUCAUCACGGGUCCGCUCCGGCGCAGCAUCUCUCACCCGGUCGCUCGCUUCAAGUGAAUGCUCCCGCAUUCCAGCCUUCUGCCAACACACCUCCGCGUUUCAUUCCGCAGCCAGGACAGUUCUACCAGGCUGGACCUAUGAUGUUCUCCCCAGCUGGCUUUGUGCCGUCAUAUCCUUUUUACCCUGGGUACAACAACUAUCAACUCAACCCCAUGCCCGGCAUGAACGCUGGGGCUGCCACCUUUGCACCCAAUCCCAGUGCCCAAGAGUUCCAGCCGCAGGCUCAGGUGAUUACCCCGCGCAAGAAGCACGCGCUUGCCAUCAUUGAUCCCUCGACGAUGCAGGUGGUCAACAAGGAGCAUGUCGACGAAACCACGACCCCAGCAGCUGCAGCUGCUGCUGCAGCCUUGUCUACUCCUGCUUCAGCUGCUGUCCCUGCGGCUGCGUCGUCGGCUGCCGCUGCCGUCGCCGCUCCUGCGACCGCCUCAGCGCCCGCACCUGUUGCCGUCACUCCUGCUCCAGCUGCUUCGACUGCUGCUGCUACUGCCGCUGCCACCAUCACCGCCAAGCCGACCGAAACCAAGUCUGCUGCUGUGGAGAAGACUCCAGUCGCGUCCGCUUCAUCUGCUCCUGCGCCUGCGCCUGCGCCUGCCGCCGAGGACGACGACCAAGAGACUGACUUGCAUCGUGCAUUCGAUGAUGACGAGUCUGAGACCGAGGAACUCGACGACGAGGACGGUCUUGAGGACGAGUUUGACGACGAGUACGACGAGGACGAGUUGGACGAGAAUGGCGAGCCGACCACUCCGCGCAAGCGCGGCGGUCUUGUCGGCGAUAUUCCCGACUCGCCCGGUCUGUUGCCCACUCCGCUCAAGAUUCCAAGGACCCCGCGCGGUGCUGAUGGCUUCCAGCGCCAUUCUCUUGCCUUCUUGAUGCAGUUCCGUGAGUUGUGCAAGGAACCUCCGGCAACCCUCAACAAGAGCGGUCUCGACGAGUGCAUCAACCACGAACACAUCAAGGCGCAGGAGAAACUUGUCGCCGACCAGCUUGCGCGCCGUCAACAGCAGCACGCGCGUACGUCGCAGCGUCAGCUCGCCUCGCCUGGCCUCCUCGGGGAGGGCAACCAGUCCCCGCGAGUUGUGCAUCCUGGCAUGCGCCAGCCGAACUUUACCGGUCGUGGCCGUGGCGGCCGUGGUCGUGACCGCAACCACCGUGGAGGUGCAGGUCUUUUGCCGUCCAACCUCGAGCGCCUCGAGCCGCUGCGUCGUUCCGAGAAGGGCUACAAGCGAUACGAACCCGCGCCAGACAUGCCUGAGGAGCAGGCAGAGACGGAAGGCAUUCUGCGCUCCAUCAAGAGUAUUCUCAACAAGCUUACUCUUGAGAAGUUUGAAAAGCUUUCUGACGACAUCCUCAAGCUGCAAAUCAGCACGGCACAGCGUCUGGAUGGCUUGAUCAAGCUCAUUUUCGGCAAGGCCCUCGACGAGCCCAAAUUUAGUGAAAUGUAUGCCAAGCUGUGCAAAAAGCUCGGUGACCGCCUUGCCCCGACCACGGCGACUGAAGCAGACAGCGCCGCAAACACUGCCGCCCGCCACGGCGAGUUCCGCAAGUCCAUGCUUGCUCACUGCCAGGACGAAUUCGAAAAGUUUGCCAAGCUGUCCAAGCAAGCUGCAGAGGAAGCUCCCGCCGAAGACCAGACACCGAGUCAAAAGGAGGCAGACGCUGAGGCCAAGAUGCUCGCCAAGCGUCGCUACCUGGGCAACAUCAAGUUUAUUGGUGAGCUCUUCAAGCUCGGUUUGCUGACCCGCAAAAUCAUGCUGUACUGCUUCAAGACGCUGCUGCACACCUCUGAUGAGGAGAGCCUCGAGUGCUUGUGCAAGCUCAUGACCACCGUCGGUCGCAAGUUUGAGGCUCGCGACAGCGAGUCUGAAAUCGACAAGGCCAAGCAGGCCGAAUUUGUUGCCGAGAUGGACAAGGUGAUUGGCGCGCUGAAUGCCAAGAUCUCGAUCAAGGAUGCCGUCUCGUCGCGCAUCCGCUUCAUGAUUGAGGCUGUGAUUGAUUUGCGCAAGGGCAAGUGGGUUCCGCGUCACGCCGACGCCGGCCCCAAGACCUUGGCUGAAAUUCACGUUGAUGCCGCCAAGGACGCCGAAAAGGGCCCCGCCACAACAGCCACGCCUUCCUCGCGUGGUGGCAGUGGUCCCCGUGACCGCAACGAUCGCGACAACCGUGGCGACCGUAAUGACCGUAACGACCGCAAUGACCGCAACGAUCGUGGUGGCGGCGACCGCCGAGGCAACGAUCGAUCUGGUCGCAAGAAUGCUCCUGGAAGCCCCGCCCCAGGAGCCGGUCCGACCGACUGGUCGUACGCUGGCGCGCGCAAGCCAUCUCCGGCCCCCGCCAACAACGAUGUCUCUCUCCGUCCGCAAGGAUCGUCCGGCAACGCUGGCGGCGCUACCGGCUGGAGCUCUGGCAAGCCCGGCGCCGCUUCCGCUCCGGCCUUGAGCAAGCCCGGCGCUGAGCGUGUUGUUGCUCCUCGUGGCAACUCGUUCGCCCGCUUGAUGUCGCAAGAAUCCGACAGCCCGCAGCCCGCCGCACCUGCCGCGGCUCCCGCGAACGCUGCUGCCCAUGCCGCCGCUACCGCUGGCGCGGAUGCUGUUGCCGCUGCUUUGGCAGGCAAGUCUGCUUCGCCAGCCCGAACGGCGUGUGCGACGCGCGAAGAAGCCGAAACGAAAGCCAAGGAGAUUCUUGACAAGUUCAAGCAAGACCCUGACGAAGAGCGCGUUGUCGAGUCCAUCCGUGCAAUCGACUCGCCUUCUGCUCCCAUUCUGCCCAUUUUCUUUGCUGCUGCUGCGACAAAGUUUAUGCAGAACGACAAGGGCUUUGAUCAACGCACCAUUUUCAAGAUUGUUUCCAAAUUCUUCGAGUCGACACCUCCGACUGGCACUGCUUUGGACCUUGCUCAAGGAGUCGGUCUUGUCUUGCCAUCGCUGGCUGAAGAGAAGGUUGACAACCCGAAGUGCUACGAGCACCUUGGUCGCUUCCUGGGCUUCUACGUGGCUGCUGGAGUUUUGUCGCUUUCGUCCCUUGUGGACGCACUCGAGGCAGCCAAGACUUCGCCUUCCGCCGAAGUAUUCGGCGAGCCUGUGGAGAACGGGUGUGGCGAGGAUAUGUUGAUUCAUACAGUUAAGGACCUUCGUGCCGACAAGGCCAAGGAGGCGGGUAUUCUCAAGGCCGUUGAAGCGCUUCCGAUCGAUUCGUUCAAGGCAUCGUACACCACCAUGGAAUCUUUCCGAGCAAAGCUUGGAUUGGAUGCUUGAUUCGUUUGUUUGGUUGUUUGUUUAUUUUUUGAAUACAUUUCCCUUGCCA